CGCCCAUGGCACACCACCCAAGAAGGAGGCCCGCACGCUCCGUUCGCAGUGCUGCGACGACGGCGCCGCCGUAGCUGCUGCUUCUGGAGACACGCCUCCAGCACCGGACUCAGCAAUGCAACCCUCGAGCGCACCGUCGGCGUUGCCGCAACGAGCGAGGAUCAUCCCGCCCCACCCAAGUCGGCGCUGCGCAAGGUCAAGGUGCAACGAUGAGAGUCCCUCACGCUCUAGGACGUGCAUGGCAACCGGCUCUCGAAAUGCUCGAAGAGCAGCUACGCGAGCGCUGACAGAGCCCGAGCUUGACGACCGCCUCAGCGCCGACGGUACCAUCAACCUCGAAGCGUUUACCUACGACGACUCACACGAGUUCCUUCUCUGGAAGCUCAAGUGCGCCAAGAAUGCAAUGACGGCGCUCUCCGGCUUCCGCUCGGCGCUUCGUCGCGUUCUCCAAGUUCAAACCCGCCGACCUCUCGGCGAACCAAGCCAAGAUCUACUCUGAGUGGAAGUUUGUCAGGAGGCACAGAGCAACUUGGCCUCCGUGCACGGCGCCGAUGUGACCAUGCCGUCGAGCUCCGCCUCGGCCGCGGAGGCAUUUUCUACUAUCUCGAACCACUCAUUAGCGACGUGGCAGCAGACGCC